GCCGUAAUGGAAUUGCAGAGCUGGUUGCUCUAUCAUUUAGUGGCUGUCACCGACUGCAAUCAAGUUACGUUUGCCUGAGUUUGCCUGGACCAUUAUUCACGCACAAUCAGAUCGCCGCUUCUUUAUUUAAUUUGUCAUCCCACUAUCACGAUCCAGAUGAAACGGUAGUCUACCGAUGCUUGAUGUGAUGCAGUCGGCAAACACAAUCGGAAGUGGCGGCGGAGGCGGAGGUGGCGGAUCAUAUUCCGCCGGUAGCGGGACCGGAAGUCGCACCCGUGAUUUAGGGCUACGCGCUCAGAAGAAGCUCCUCGGCCGCAUAAUGUCCACUAAUGCAGGUCGAUCGCUCUUCAUCGACGACGCCACGACGUCGUUGCUUGAUAAUUUGUACAAACUGAUGGAAAGCGUCGCUAAGAGUAACCCACACUUGGACAAGAAGGAGCCCGAGAAGGUCCUCAAGAACAUCGUCAAAUUAUCUAUCAAGAUUGGACUCGUGCAGCGCAGUCAUCAAUUCCGUUCGAACGACACUGAGAAGCUGGAAGAGAUCCGAGAGGCUCUGGGAACAGUGGCGAUGACUGUCGUGUCGUUCUACGAGGUGGAUUAUAGUUACGACCAGGAGUACCUGACAGGUUCGAUGGAACGUUGCCGAACGUUGCUCCAGCAGUUGAUAAAGCCGCAUCUCACAGACAAGUCGUCGCAGCGUUGCGACCAGGUGUUCGACUUCCUGGCGUACCCCAAAUUUUUGGACUCGGUGUUCCGAUAUGAUUCUGAACAUAGACCCAUUCUCGGCAUGCUAGUCAGUGACCUCAACAAGGCGUUGGAUGCCAGGCGGCUUUGAUUCUAUAAAAAUGAUGUUCACAUAAUGUCAAUAAGAACAAAUCGAUAGCCAACAACACGGUUCGAUUGCCGGGAAAAUGUCCGUCUCUCUCGGCAGCGGUGGUCUCGCGAUCGUGAUCGAUGAUGAGUCGAACGAUCCGUUGGACACGCGCGCUUCGUUGCACUUUAUUUCACGGCGAAUAGACAACGUGCUGCAUACUUUUUCAAUGUGACGACAGUAUAGUUUCUCAUAGCGAUAGAUAAAAAAAAAACCGUGUUUCUUGCUCGCAAUCACCUCCACCCAGUAGCCGGGUUGGGAUACCCAGUGCGAACCACUCGCUCAUUGAUUUAUGCAAUAAUUGUUUGAUACUCCGCUUAUUUUAAGGACACAGUCACUUCACCUGCGUUACGUAACUGGUGUAUCAUAUACGUGUAUUUAUGUGAAGGAUACCAAUUGUCA